UUCCAGGAAUCAGACACCGGAAAAAUUACACGCGAAAGGAAGAUUGCACGAUACGCGAAGGAUCAUUACGAGCGGAAACGAUCGCGAUGAACUAGCCGAGAAAAAUCGUUAUACUAGAGCCGGAAAGUUUUUCGAGUCUACGCGAGCCGAUAAGGAGAUGGAAGGCAAAGGUCCGUAGGAAAAUAACAACACAAAGAGGGCCGGAAUUUUUGAAAGCGGGUCCGUCCUCUCCUCGAGCGAUGCCGCAGCUAGAAGAGUAUAUAUAUAGCUGCCAUAUACGAGAAAGCUCAGCAGCGCGCAGACGCGCUCCCGAGAGAUAAACGGCACUUUGCCCCGGCGGCGGCGGCGGCUUGGGCUUGAUAAGCAGUUUCCUAUAAAUAGAGAGAGCCGAGAGCGAGUCUACGUCAGUUUGUAAUUCGCCUCUAACGAAGCCACAGACAGUACAAAGCUAGCUCGACAUGAUGAAGUGCGUUAUUUUCGUGACUCUGCUGGCCUGCGCCUGGGCCGCCCCCAAGGAGGCCGACACGGCCACCCAGCCGAUCCAGCUGUCCGAGCUGAUCAGCAACGCCCAGAAGAACAUCAACGAUCUGGCGGCCAACAUCAAGACCCAGCUGAACAUCCCCGACCAGGAGACCGUCGUCAACACCAUCAAGAACCAGAGCAGCACCUUCGUCAACAACGUCCAGAGUUACAUCAGCAGCGUCUCCGAGGACGUCAAGAACAAGACCCCCGAGCUGGAGAAGCUCUGGACCGACGUUAAGAGCAAGCUGACCAAGGUCGUCGAGGACAUCAACGCCAGCGUGCCCAACGCCAAGGAGUCGGCCGAGCAGCUGCAGAAGCAGUUCCAGGAAGGUGUCCAGACCCUCGUCAAGGAGUCCAACACCAUCGCCGAGUCGUUCAAGCAGAACUCCGGCACCGUCAAGGAGGAGAUCGCCGGCUUCACCAAGAAGGCCGUCGACAUCGCCGUCGAGGCGACCCACAACCUCAACGAGCAGCUCAAGAACGUAGCAGCCGCCGCCGAGAAGAAGGAAUAAUUCUGACUGACACUGCAUUCUUUUUGUAAUUUCUCAUCGCCGCCUCGCUUCUAUUUUUCUCAUUUAACAACAAUCUAAGAUACGAACGACAUACGAUAUGCGCUUGUAAAAGAGAAUCGAUCUGCAAUAAUAAACGACGACUGACGUUAUUUUUUUAA